CCCCUUCUUCUCGUUCCUCCCCAGUUCCACCCUCCGCGCUCUCUCUCUCUCUCUCUUCUUUCUCUCUCUAGACCAAGCUCUGAAGCUGCUGCUUCAAUGGAGAGAGGCGACGGCGACGGUGACGGCGACGGCGACGGCGAGACCUCCCGAGAAGGGCAGGAGCGCACCACGGCCCACCACCUGAGGGUCCCCGCCGGGCUGACCCGGGAGGAGUUCGCGGAGCUGGCCCCCUUCGUCCACGAGUUCCACACCUACCGCCUCCGCCCGGGGCAGUGCUCCUCCCUCCUCGCGCAGCGCGUCCGCGCCCCCCGCGUCGCCGUGUGGUCCAUCGUCCGCCGCUUCGACAAGCCCCAGGUGUACAAGCACUUCAUCAAGAGCUGCGCCGUCGCGGAGGGCUCCGCGCUCGCCGUGGGGUCGACCCGCGACGUCAGCGUCAUCUCCGGCCUACCGGCGGCGACCAGCACGGAGCGGCUCGACGUGCUCGACGACGAGCGCUGCGUGGCCGGGUUCAGCAUCAUCGGCGGCGACCACCGGCUGAGGAACUACCGGUCGGUGACGACGGUGCACGAGAUGGGGGGGAGGGGGGAGGGGGAGGGGGAGAUCUGGACCGCGGUGAUGGAGUCGUACGUGGUGGACGUGCCGGAGGGGAACACGGAGGAGGACACGCGCCUCUUCGCCGACACCGUCGUGAGGCUCAACCUGCAGAAGCUGGCGUCCAUCGCCGAAGGAAUGGCUGGCGACCGGCAGUGACGCGGCGGACGCUCAGGCAAACAUCCAAAGAAAAGAUCCUCCCCCACGAUAGUCCCUCUUUUUUCUUCCCGUGAAAUUUUUUUUUUUUCUGGAAAAGGAUUCACGAGAUGCGAAGCUCUUUUUCGUUUGCUUUCUUGACCUCUCUCCCCUAUACAGACACACACGUGAGCGAGUGAGAUUGAGAUGGAGCUGGUUUUCGUGAGAGUCUGGUCGCAUUUGGGGCGUUGAGGCAGAGAAACUAGUGAGAAAUCAAGGAUCAAAGUCAAAGCGCAAUGCAGAUUUGGUUUUAGAUUAGUCAGAGGGACGCAAUGUGUACAGAAAUGUUCAUGAAGGGUAUAUUGCUUGUUUCUGUAAAUUCUUUCCGCUGUGGAAACCAAAAUUGAAGCUCUCAAGAAUCAAGAUCAUCUGGAUUAAAGAAGGGUCUUGCUUUUCUUGCUUUCUAAAACCUUUUUCUGUUAUGAUGAUGGUAGUGGUUUCUUGUUUC